UUGUGGGAACUGGGGGAGGGAUUGGUUUGAGAUCAGACAAAGACUGAGCUGCUGAUUCCUCCAGUCUUGUUAUUCUGCAAAGUCUGGAAGGAGCAGCAUGGGCCUGGAGCUGUACUUGGAUUUGCACUCACAGCCCGGCCGAGCUGUCUACAUUUUCGCCAAGAAGAAUAACAUUGUGUUUGAGUUUAAGCAGGUCGAUCUGUUCACAGGUCAGCAGUACAGUGAGGACUUUGGCAAAGUGAAUCCCCUCAGACUGGUGCCAGCGCUCAAGGAUGGAGACUUCACCAUGGGAGAAAGUGUAGCGAUUCUCAAAUACCUGGCGUGUAAAUACAAGACACCCGACCCCUGGUACCCGGCUGAUCUCCAGAGGCGUGCCCGAGUGGAUGAGUAUCUGGCCUGGCAGCACAUGACCAUUCGAUAUCAGGGAUGCAGGGUUUUGUGUUCAGGGGCCUGUUGCCAGUUUUAACUGGGCAGAUAGUGCCCAAGGACAGAAUGGACGAGGCCGUACAGGAUCUGCAAACAGCCAUCCAGAUCUUUGAGGACACCUUCCUGCAGGACAGACCGUACACCGCAGGACAGGAAG